AUUGAACAGUGAACUCCACUCCUCUCUAGUUUUUUUCUGUACGCCUCAGCAGUCAGCAUUCUGUGGCAAUAACGAUGACGGAGUUGUCACGAGAAAUCGGUGAGGUGUGGUCAAGAUUAUUUGACCAUAGACCAUUUCUUAAUGGCGAGAUUAAGUUUAUGCUAAAGGAAUUCGAGGAAAAACGAGGGGAUAGAGAAGUAGAAAACUUGUUCAACAUCCUUGAAAACAUAACUGAUAUAAAAGAUACUCAAGUUGACAAAAUUCACCGAAUUGGGUCAACAGCAUUACCAGUGUUAAGUGAAAAAUUACAACAAGCAUUGCUGUUGACUGAGGAUAUAGAGACGUUUUAUACGGACAUACAAAAGGAUUGUGCAAAGAAGCGCCUUGAAAAUAAGGAGAAAAGAAAAAAAGAAUGGGACCAAUUUAUUGAUGAUAUGAACUUUAAAUGUCAAAGAAUUGAUAACACAUUUGAAGAAAAGGAAGAAGAAUUAAGGGAUUUGUAUGCAGAUCUUAAUCACAAGUUGAAUAUAACAAAUAAAUAAAAAAAUGGAUCUAAAGGGCCCCCUUGUCAACACUAAUCUUAGAAUAUAUCCUUCUCAAAAGUUAAUAGAGUUUAUUAAAACUAUUCCUGUAACAAAAGAAGUUCCUGGAAAUAUUGUUACAUAUAUUAAGAGUGAAAAUAAAACCAGUUUUGAAAUAAA